UUUUUUUUUUUUUUUUGUCCGCCUGGUGAGCAGCUUCCGGCUCCCCGGGUCACGUGACUCAGUGUUUGUUGUGUGCGGAAGGAAGCAGCGAGCCCAACAAAGUAGCUGUGGAUUAACUCUUUCUCUUUUUGGGWCGAAACAAACCUUUGAACCGACAUGUUGGGUUUAUUCACCGCCAAAACCUCUGARGUGAAUCACUGAAAGCGGGGUAAAGCAGGACCGGAGCCCAUCUGAGGUCCAGAUGAAGUGUCUGCUGGUAGCCAGCGAGAGCGCCGAGGUCCUUUUCCACUGGACUGACCUGGAAUAUCAGCAGAACAUCCAGGAGCGGUAUGGAGCUGCGCAGGAAGAAGGGGAGGAGCUUCCUGCAUUUGAGGACAUCCUGAGCACGCUGUUUGCUCCCAUCAUCAUCUCCUACAGCACCAUGGAGGACAGCUACACCUCCUUCACGACAGAAGACAACCACAUCUACGUGCUCCACCAGUUUGACGAGUGUCUCUACAUCGCCGUGAAUGGAGACGGGGAGGAGAAGGAGGAUGAUCUGAGGAGAAAAAUGUACGUGAUGAAGAAGAUGAUUGAGGUCAUGUUUGGCAUGGUCACCUUGAGCGGGAACCUCCUGAGAAAAGAGCUUCGUCCUCAGGACACGGAGCAAAGGACACGUCUGUGGAAGUAUCUGCAGAGUCUGAUAGAGACCUACACCCACCUCCGAGACAACGACCAGAGUUUCUUAGUUGAGGCAGUGGAGAGGUUGAUCCAUCCCACUCUGUGUGAGAUGUGCAUAGAGUUCCUGGAGCGUAGCCUGGUCCAGAAGCUCAACAGCAGUGUGGAGAGAGCAGGAGAGGAGGUUCUGCACGCCUUCAUCCUGGUUCACACCAAGCUGCUGGCUUUCUACUCCAGCCGCAACGCCAGCAUUCUCACCACCCCAGACCUCCUGGCGCUCAUCAUCAUGGCCCAGAAUUUGUAUCCCUGCAAUGGGGACCUGGAUGAUCCAAGUCCUGAGGACAUUGAGAGCACGUCUGGUUCUGGUCCGGAAAGUUUUUACACCCCAGAGCCCUCGCCAUCCAGCAGAGACUCGAGCAGUUCAGAGAAGUGUGGCAGAGGAGGAACUCCCGUGUUUGAGUUUGUUGACCCAGACAUCCAGAUGGCUGAGGACAGCUUACACACUCUGGAAGUCGGGCCGCCCGACCCUUCAACCCCUCGCCGAGUUUUCCUCGACGUGUCCCUCAAAGAUGGAUUGUAUCCCAUGAUGCCUCACUCCAUGUACUGUCUCCCGCUGUGGCCCGGCAUCACGCUGGUGCUGCUCACUAAGAUCCCCACCAGUGCCGUGGCCGUGUCGGUGUAUAAAUACCUGGAGGACUUCGACAAGCUGGAGAAGCGUUUACGCGACAGCCAAGGGAGUUCUGCUGCAGCCAGGAGCCCUCUGAACAUGCAGGACGUUCGCAGCAAACUGGACAAAUUCAUUAAAGCUUUGGGGCCUAAUGAGUUGCAGUUUGCACAAUUACAUAGUGUCUGGACAGAGUUUAAGAACCGAGCUUUCGCCAGAGGAAAAUCUGGAUUCACCAAAGAUCUUAUCCCGUUGUGUAAGAAAAUGAAGACCCAGCUGUGCGGCAUAUACCGACAGUGUUUUCUCACUGACCCACCUGACGUUUCUCACCGYCUCUCCCUCGGUCUGCAGGAACGAGCCCAGGCUAUGGUGCGAGAGAAACUGAUGGACUGGAAGGACUUCCUGUGUGGGGCCUGGUCAGGACAACGCGGCGCUAUCUUCAGAAGGGUUAUUCCACCGUCACUCUGCGUGAUGGAGACUUCUACUUCUGUUAUUUCCUCUGGUUUGAAAAUGAAACUGGGUACAAGCUAGACUCAGUGAACAUACCCGAACUAUCUGAUGACUCCCCACCCAUCGGGAUGCUUGCCUGUGAUUACUACAAGAGGUUGCUUCGGUACUACAGUAAGAACCAUAAAGGUGAGACGGUGAAGUGCUACGAGCUCCUGACUGUCCAUCUGGGGGUCAUCCCCACUGAGAUCAUCCUCCAGCACUGCAGACAGCUCGCAAGCAAACUGUGGGAGCCGUCACGCAACCCGCUGCUGUAAACGGGCCCGUCCCACUUCACCGGAGUGCCACAAGUUGUUGGUUUAGGAGUCCACAUAUUUCUUGUGAUUUAAAGUUGGAUUUCUUUUGUGUAGAAGGUUUAGUAUGCUGAAAUAAUUUAUUGGAACACGUCUGUGAUCUGCACAACAAAUUACCAUUGCACACUUUUUGUUUAUUUUGCAUUUGUACGUGUUUUAUGAAGAAUAAAAAGAAAAUCAUCUGUUUUGUA